AUGGAGGAAGAUGAAAUGACAACAUGGAAAAGACUACUUCAUUCAUUCAUGUGGACAAUUAAAGUGUGCUAUAUCCUUUGUCCACCAAUACCAAGUUUAUUGAUUCGAAAAGCUGCUUUUCAUCCACCAAAACACUGUCAUUACUAUUUUCUAAUUGGUGGAAAGGCAGGAAAGCGCCAAUAUUUUCGCGAUGCAAAAAGCGCUCGAGAAAGUACAAAUUUAACCAUUUGCUUGCCUCAUUUAUUGCUACCAAAAUUCAAAAAUUCGGAUGUUGCUGAUCAACUGUUACGAAUUGAGGUACAUUUAAUAGCAUCAGCUAAUGGCGAUACUCUGGUGGCUCUAUAUGUCCGAUGUGAGAAAUCCUAUCAGUGCAAGAAAUCAGCACCCUAUGUGAUACUUUUCGCUCAGCCAAACAGUUCAGAUGUUGGAUCAUGCAUGCUUACCGAUCCCAACUUGGUUGAUAUAGCAGAUUUCUUGCAGUGUGAUCUAAUGGCAUUUGAUUACAGUGGUUUUGGGUUGAGCACCGGAACCCCAACAGAAAAAAUUGUUUAUGAGAAUAUGGAAACCGUUUAUCAGUAUUUAAUUAAAGAAAUGAGAACACAACCAAAUGAAGUAAUUCUAAUUGGAUUCAGUAUGGGCACGGCGGUUGCUAUUCAUUUGGCAUCACGUGAAAAAGUGGCGGGUUUGGUUCUAAUUGCCCCUUUCACAUCACUAUUACGUGUUCUUAGACGGAAACCAGACUGUAAAAAGACUUGUUGUUUGGAUCAGUUCUCAAGCAUUGAUAAAGUAUCAAAGGUACCUUGUCGUACAUUAAUCUGUCACGGAGUUAAGGAUUUGAUCGUUUCUAUCAAUCACAGUGUUGUAUUACAAAGCCUACUCCCUAACGCUACCAAACCCUUUUACCUUGAUAAAGCUACUCAUCAGGGCAUAUAUUGUGAACGAGAAAUGUGGGAUCGCGUGCAACAGUUUUUAUUCCAUGAACUUGGCAAUAGCAGAAAAUGGAAUGAACCGGUGAAAACGAAAAGAAUAUUUGUUGAUUAUAGCUUUUAA